GGGCGAGAAGUUUUGCAGCCAUACUGCCCCGUGCACCGCAGCCAUGGAGCUGGGAGAGAGCUGGAGCCCGGGGGCCACACUAACCUACCUACUGCUACUAUCCGGGCUGGCAGCCUGCUGGGCACCGACUCGGGCUGACUCCGAGGAAGCCCGGCUACUGGCCGUCCACAUGAAGAAACUGGCCGUGGAGGAACUGGGGGUCCUCACCAUGCAGAAGAGAUUCGACUCUUUUGUGUAUACAGAGAAGACUUCAAAUGGAGAAAGCGAAGUACAACAACUGGCCAAAAAGAUUCGGGAAAAGUUUAAUCGUUAUUUGGAUGUGGUGACGCGUAACAAGCAAGUGGUAGAAGCCUCGUAUACAGCACACCUGACAUCUCCACUGACCACCAUUCAGGACUGCUGCACGAUACCACCGUCCAUGAUGGAUUUUGAUGGUAAUUUCAAUACCAAUAUCUCGAAAACCAUUAGCUGCGACCGGCUCUCCACAACAGUCAACAGCCGAGCUUUCAACCCUGGGAGGGAUUUAAAUUCGGUUCUCGCUGACAAUCUGAAAUCCAACCCUGGAAUUAAAUGGCAGUACUUCAGCUCUGAAGAAGGAAUUUUUACGGUCUUUCCAGCACACAAGUUUCGCUGCAAAAGUAGCUAUGAGCAUCGGAGCAGACCAGUGUAUGUGUCUACUGUCAGGCCACAAUCAAAGCAUAUUGUUGUUAUCAUGGACCACGGCGCUUCCAUCACUGAGACGCAGCUGCAGAUUGCACGGGACGCGUCGCAGGUUAUUUUAAACGCAAUCGACGAACAUGAUAAGAUCUCUGUACUGACUGUGGCCGAUGUUGUAAGGACCUGCUCCCUCGACCAGUGUUACAAGUCCUUUUUGUCACCUGCCACCAGUGAGACCAAACGAAAAAUGUCUAGCUUUGUUGCUGGCAUCAAGUCAUCAGACAGCCCAACGCAACACGCCCUUGGUUUUCAAAAAGCAUUUCAGCUGAUCCGAAAUACAAACAAUAGUACAAAGGUCCACACAAAUACGGACAUAGUCAUUAUCUAUUUGUCAGCUGGAAUAACAUCGAGAGAUUCUGCCGAAGAUGAUAAAAAAUCGACCUUGCGUGUAAUACAUGAAGAAAACGCGCUGCUUAACAAUUCCGUGAUGAUUCUCACAUACGCCAUCAUGAACGAGGGUGUGACAGGUUUGAAAGAGCUGGCGUUUCUCCGAGACCUGGCAGAACAAAAUGCUGCAAAAUAUGGGUUGUACGAUCGGACUGGGCUCCAAGUCACCAAAGGCAGCAUGAUGGUAUUAAAUCAGCUCAGCAACCUGGAGACCACAGUGGGAAGAUUUUACACUAACCUCCCAAAUCGAAUGAUCGAUGAAGCUGUGUUUAGUCUUCCGUUUUCAGAUGAGAUGGGAGAUGGAUUGAUAAUGACUGUCAGUAAGCCGUGCUACUUCGGAAACCUUCUGCUGGGGAUUGUGGGUGUUGACGUCAAUCUCGCUUACAUCCUUGAAGAUGUAACCUAUUACCAGGACUCCUUGGCGUCAUACACAUUUCUCAUCGAUAACAAAGGUUACACGUUAAUGCACCCAUCGCUUACAAGGCCGUAUUUGCUCGCAGAACCUCCACUGCACACAGACAUCAUUCACUAUGAAAAUAUUCCAAAGUUUUCUCUUGUUCGGCAGAAUAUUCUCAGCCUCCCGCUGGGUAGUCAGAUCAUUUCUGUGCCGGUGAAUUCCUCUCUGUCCUGGCACGUCAACAAACUGCGAGAUCCGGCACGGGACGCAUAUAAUGUCAGCUAUGCAUGGAAGCUGGUUCAGGACACCUCAUUCAUUUUGUGCAUUGUGGUCAUACAGCCAGAGAUCCCAGUUAAACAACUGAAAAACCUGAACACUGUGCCCAGCAGCAAGUUAUUGUAUCACCGGCUUGAUCUCCUUGGCCAGCCCAAGGCAUGCCUUCACUUUAAACAGCUGGCCACCCUGGAGAGUCCCACGGUCAUGUUGGCAGCAGGAAGCUUCUCUUCUCCUUACGAGCAUCUGAGUCAGCCGGAGACGAAGAGGAUGGUGGAGCACUACACCGCAUAUCUCAGUGAUAACACGCGUCUCAUAGCCAACCCUGGGCUCAAGUUCUCUGUCAGGAAUGAAGUCAUGGCUACCAGUCACGUCACAGAUGAAUGGAUGACACAAAUGGAAAUGAGUAGCCUGAGCAGCUACAUUGUCCGGCGUUACAUAGCAACACCCAAUGGGGUGCUUCGGAUUUACCCCGGCUCUCUCAUGGACAAAGCAUUUGAUCCCACUAGAAGACAAUGGUAUCUACACGCUUUGGCCAAUCCAGGCCUAAUCACUUUCACUGGGCCCUAUUUGGAUGUCGGAGGAGCAGGCUAUGUGGUGACGAUAAGCCACACUAUUCAUUCCUCCAGUUCUCUCGUCUCUUCUGGUCACACUGUCGCUGUGAUGGGCAUGGACUUUACCCUGCGCUACUUUUACAAAGUGCUCAUAGACCUUCUCCCAAUUUGCAAUCAAGAUGGAGGCAACAAGUUACGGUGCUUCAUCAUGGAAGACAGAGGUUACCUCGUCGCUCACCCGAAAGGACACACAACGGUGGAACAGCAACACAUUACUCACAAGGAACCUGUGGUGGCCAACGAUAUCUUGAAUCACCCCAACUUUGUGAAGAAGAAUCUCUGCAAUAGUUUCAGUGACAGAACCGUCCAGAGAUUCUAUAAAUUUAAUACGAGCCUUGUGGGAGACUUGACCAAUCUUCACGGCAGCCACUAUUCCAAAUACAGACUGACACGAAUCCCUGGAACCAAUGCGUUUGUUGGAAUUGUCAAUGAAACCUCAGAGCCUUUUACUUUUUGUGCAUGCAGCAUGGUAGACCGACUCUGUCUGAACUGCCACAGGAUGGAGCAAAAGGAAUGUGAAUGUCCGUGUGAGUGCCCUCUAGAGGUGAAUGAGUGCACUGGCAAUCUAACAAACACUGAAAGCAGGAACCCCAGUUGUGAGGUUCACCAGGAGCCUAUGACCUUCACAGUGCUGGACCCCAACUUACAAGAUGCUCUUUCCCAAUGUUUCAACACCGGCUGCACUGAAAAGACAGAAAGCAGGUAUUGUUUUGGCCGUCUGGACUGUGAGUGGUGUAUGGAGGACAGCGAUGGCAAAACAAAAAACGCAGUAGCUCCAUACUGUGCUCUACAAAAAGAAUGUUUUGGGGGCGUCGUAGGAGCAAAAAGCCCCUAUGCAGAUGAUUUGAGUUCAAUAGGGGAUGAAGUCAUCACUUUGAACAUGAUUAAAAGUGCCCCUGUUGGUCCGGUGGCUGGAGGAAUAAUGGGCUGUAUUAUGGUGCUGGUCUUGGCUGUUUACGCCUACCGUCACCAAAUACAUCGGAGGAGUCACCAACACAUGUCACCACUGGCAGCUCAAGAAAUGUCUCUCCGAAUGUCCAACCUUGAAAACGAUCGUGAUGAACGGGAUGACGACAGCCACGAGGAUCGCGGAAUCAUCAGCAACACAAGGUUCAUUGCGGCAGUGAUUGAACGUCACGCGCACAGCCCAGAGCGACGGAGACGAUACUGGGGAAGGUCUGGUACAGAAAGUGAUCAUGGUUACAGUACCAUGAGUCCUCAAGAAGACAGUGAGAACCCACCGUGUAAUAACGACCCGCUGUCUGCUGGGGUCGAUGUGGGGAACCACGAAGAAGAUCUAGAACCAGACACCCCUCCUCAAACAGCUGCUCUUUUAAGCCACAAAUUCCAUCAUCACUACAGAAUCCAUCAUCCAGCCUUGCACCACAGCCACCACUUACAGGCCGUGGUCACUGUACAUUCCGUGGAUGCCGAGUGCUGACGAGCCUUGAUAUUUGGCAACUUUUUUUGCCUGGAAAAGACGAUACCGCAGGCCCUCGAGUUCACUGCAAGCAGUGGUGGAAUAGCUUUAUACUUGUACAUGUGAAGCUGACUUCAGUAUGGGAGUAGAUCAGCGCACAUGGUAUGCUGUUCCUCCAACUUUCAAAUGGAUGGGAGGUCAAACUCGAACAGCGCGGCAUGGCUGAGAGUUGGAAAUGUGUAAGGCAGAUGAAGAAACGUGUCUAUUAUUAUUAUUUUUUAUGGACAUUACUCUACAUGAGUAGAAUUGUUAAUAGUUUUUGUAAAACAAUGCAUCUCAGUUUUUAUUCAAAGGAUUAUUUUUCUACUAUUUAUUGAAUUUCAAAAACUUAUAGACUAAGGAAAUGUACAGUCCUGAAUACCAUGUAAAACGUGAUUAUCUGUUAAAUCUGAGGUGGAGAAGAAUGAAUGUCAGGAUUUAAACCACCAAACUGCCCUUUGCUCCAAACAUUCUAUCCUGUUUACACGGAACUUUGAAAACACAGGCGGUCGUGCUUCUAUUAGCCCUACAGCUGCUGACGUGAUUUACACAAGAAAUGUGUUGCCAAACAAUCUUAGAUUUUAUUUUCUUUAUAGACAAAAAAAAUCAAAGUAUUUUUUGUACUUCUUAACGUUCUUGAAAGGAUUUUGCUGGUAAAUGCAGAAGAUUUUGUUUUAUAGUGUUUUAAUGUGUCUUCUCUCUUCUCUGGAAGAAGCGGUGUUUUGGAAGAACUGAAUUCUCAUUCGAUCUGAUCAGAUAAAAAAAAAAAUAAGGAGCCAAGAUAGCUGCUGGCUGCAUGUUUGAUGUAGACGCUUCAAAGUGGCAAACUUACAAACACAUAAAAACUGUGAAAUUAAAUCACUAUGAAAGUGUUCUCCUUGUAAAACAGUGGUACCCAUUUAUCGAAUGGGUUGAAUGCACAGUAUUGAUAUAGUACUCUAUAUUAUGAACUCUACUGCAAUUAUCCCCAGAUUUAUUAGGUGAUAGAAGGUGGAAUUAGAAGAGGACAAACAUUACAUUAAAAUGAAUUGGCGACAAAGUGAAAUGGUGCAAAGUGUGUAUUGGUUUAUUCAAGUGGGAAUUCCAGAGUAUUGGCAACAACAUUCCAUAUUUAGGUUGAAAUCCCAGUGCAGGAAGAAUUUACCACUUUUUCUGCAGAUUUCCUUAAAUGAGGAUAUUACAGCUGGUUGGUUGUUGAAAAUAAAAUAUUUUUAGUGUAAUUCUUGUCCUCCUUUAAUCACACUACGCAAACCCUCCCCUUCCUAAGCAUUUUAUUGAACUUAUAUAAUAGGGGCAAUCCAUAACUUAACCGUUAAUUGUAUUUAAAACGUUUAAUCACUCUGUUAAUUUAUCCUGGCAGUUUUUUUAUUUUUCGCUUUGUAACCACUGUUUAGCUUGGCUGGGUUUUCACUACAACCACUUUUAACGCUAGGUUUGUAUUUUUAACCUUUUUAUUGCUGGGCAGAGUAGCACAGUUAAGGUUGCUAAAUGCACCAUGUUCUCCUGAGUACAUAUUAUUCUGUUUGGCACAAGAGGAAAAUUGCAACUAUGUAUCCGGUAGAAAUCCGCUAUCUAAUCACGGAGGAACUAAAAAGGAAACCGUGACUUGUUAAAAUGAUUUCCCUAUUGAAACAGAUCAAUGUAUCUGUUGCCUAUCCGCAUGAUUAAGUUAUGCCCAGAAAGACAUGUCAUAUUAGAUAGCCUUAUCAGUGCUGUGAGGCUGUGCACUCUGGCUGCUUAUUAGUUAAAGAGAGUUGUUACUCUGAUAUACUUUGAAAGAAAACUUUACACUUUAAUCUUAUGUUUUCUUAUCCUGUAUAUUCAGCAAUUUGCAUCAUGUGCCCUGGCUGUGCCUUGACUAAGCCCGAUUGUGAUGUCACCUGCUAAAUCUUUAAUAGUAAUGUUAGAAAUUUUUUUAUUUUUUAAAAUUGAGCAUCACUUGAAAAAAAGGUUAAUCUAAGUUAUGGGUGAUUUUCACUGUAUAAUUCAGUUAUGUAAUUUCCAGUAAAGUGACGGUACCCCUUUAACGCUUCAAUGUGCUCAUCCAUCUGCUCCUUAAAAGGAUAACACCUUAUUAGAUCACAUGUGGCGCUAUUUUAUUUAUAAAUAGUUGUGGGUGGUAAUCAGAUAUGUGGCUACAAAGCAUCAGGGCUUCUCGAUACAAUUGAUUUAUUCUUUUUCGUUUUUUUUUCUUAAUCGAAAACAAAUCUGACCUGUCUAUGUUUUGCCUUAAUAUUUAACAAGUGCCAAAAGAAAAGCAUAAAUUCCCCCUCAUCACUGGAAAGGUUAAAUCUCAUUACUUUGUAUAAAGAAUAUUGUGCGUUCCAUUCACAAGCAGAUCAUUACGAUCUACCGACGAUAUUGUAUAUGUGUUACUGAUAUUUCUGUUUUAUGACUGCAAAUUUCAUAGUAUAUUUUCAAGAUGAUGCUGGAUAUUGUAUAGUAGUUUAUUGCAGGGUAACGGAGUUGCUAUGAGACAGUGAGGUCGUUCAUUGUGUGAUAUCUGCAGUUUUCUUUAUACUGUGUAUAAAAAACAAUCAUACGUAAGCGGGGUGGGGCCUGGAAUUCUGUAUAUAAGGACAGUCAUGUGAAUCAUUUCUGAAUUAUUGUAACUUCCUCUGACAGUUUUAACAAUGUUCCCACUCUGAUACAUUUUUUUUUUUUAUUAAUUAUUAUUGGUAUACAAACAUCCAUAGCAUUUCUACAGUGUAAAGUUAA